ACCCACGUAUGGCCCAUAUACCAGUCAGCUCACCCUUCCUACUCUGCAGCUUGUCGAUCAUUUUCUCUCGCAAUCGCAACAACUCUCGGAAUAAUUAGUUCUCAUAAAAUCAGAAUUGAGUUUUGAGAGUAAAUUUUCGAAGAGCAAACGAUCAUGGAGUUUCCUUUCGGUCAUCACCAUCGAAGAAAUGAAGAAGAUGACUACCCACCACCGCCACCGUCAUUCCCGCAACACCAUAAUCAUCAUCAUCAAAGUGAUUUCCCACCACCACCACCACAACCAGAUUACAGAGAUCAACAACCUUUUCACCCAAAUCAAGCAGAAAUUCAGCAUCAGUAUCAUCAAAAUCCAUCACAGCAAGAGCCUAAUUAUGGUUAUCCACCACCACCGCAACAACAACAACCUGAUUAUGGAUAUCCACCACCACAACAAUCUGGGUAUUCAUCAACUGUUACGCAUCAUGUUUCUCAUGAAGUCAAUUACCCAAGAUUCGAACCUGAAUUUCAACAUGAAAACAGAGAUCAUAACUACAACCGACAUGAUUACCAUAAUCGUCCUGAGAAUCAAACUGUCAUACAUCAUCACAGUCAUGAAAGUGGUGGUGGUGGUGGGUCUGAGUUGCUUAACAAACCCACUGUUAGGGUUUACUGCAAGGCUGAACCAAAUUACUCCCUUGCCAUAAGAGAUGGCAAAGUGAUUCUUGCUCGUUCUGAUCCUUCUGAUUUGUCCCAGCAUUGGAUCAAAGAUGAAAAGUACAGUGUUAGGGUUAAGGAUGAAGAGGGUAGCCCUAGUUUUGCUUUGAUCAAUAAAGCUACUGGUCAGGCCAUGAAACACUCUGUUGGAGCUACCCAUCCUGUCCAGCUGCGUCAUUACAAUCAAAAUGAACUUGAUGAGUCUGUGCUGUGGGCGGAGAGCAAGGACACUGGUGAAGGUUACAGAUGCAUAAGAAUGAUAAAUAACAUUCGCCUAAACCUGGAUGCUUUUCAUGGUGACAAGAACAGUGGUGGAGUCCAUGACGGCACCAUUCUAGUGCUGUGGGAAUGGUUGAAUGGAGAAAACCAGCGAUGGAAGAUCGUUCGUUACUGAUAUGCUGGUAUAAUAGACAGCUUCUCUGGCUGUUUGGAAAUAAUAUGUGGGAGUAAAACUUAGUUUUGCUCUUUUAGCAUCUAAUGAAACGAUUGCCGUAUUUUAAGUACUGGGAUUUCCUUUUUGUUUCUAAUAGAAGCGCAACUACUUGCAGUUUGAUUCCGCUCCAAUAGGACAAUCUCUGGUUUACUCUUGGUUACCGCAGAACUUUAAUAUGAAGUCAUAAAAUUGUGUCAGUUUGUCUCUUGACUACUGCAGCACUCUUAUGCAUGGUUAUGAAAUAUUGUUAUCUAGUUUGUUGGAAUCCAAAAUUCAAA